ACUAAGCACGUAUCCAGAGGGCAGUUCCACAUUACAGAACAUUUCUGUCAACAUAUUAAAGUGUGUGCUUGCUGUACAAGGACCGUGUUAGCAGAUAUGUUACAGGACAAAACAUAGAGAUUAGCACUGAUACAGACAACUGUUAAAGUAAGAAGAGAAAAUAUAGUCAUGAGUGCGCCUGACCCCUGGAAACCUCUAAAAUUUUCUACACAGCCAUCACAAAGGCUAUACCCAGACUUAGACAGUGCUUCCUCAACCUCUAGUAAGCAAAAUGGCAAUGAUCAAAAAUACCAGUCAGAUUUGGAGAAGGCAUUAGCUCUGAGCCUGGAGACUGCAGAGACAGAUAGAUUGAAGCGCUGGUCUCAAGAACCAGCAAGGGAAUCAACAGUGCGAAGCUCAACAGCCAGGCCUAGACCUAGAAGUAGUGCUGCUGCUAGUGUAUUGGUAUCACCUGAAAACAAAUCAGGAACUCCUACUGAGUCAGAGUUACCACUGAUAAUGUUCUCACCUGACAGUGUAGAAAAAGUGGAAAAAUUCAAGAAUGAAUUGAAGUCUCUAACAGAGAAGGGUUCUUACCAACAGCAUCAUCCUGCACAGCUGAACUUUGCCCCACCUUCCCCACAGUCUCAUGGCAUACCAAGGUCAAUGGAUAAUAAUCUUAGUGCAUUUGGGGGAAGCACUACUUCUCCCAGUGGAAUGGCACAGAAUAACUUUUACAUUUAUGGCAGGAGUUCUCCUCAGCCUCAGCAACAAUUUUUCAAACCUUUUCAGCAUUUAGAAGAAGUAUCCAUAGCCAAACCCUCGAGUUCUCCAAACCUUCAAGCGUUAAGCCGUGACAAUCCAGCCAGAUGGAGUAGUGGAAGUAGUUCAAGUAGGACUAGUUGGGGACUGGUUAAUUCCUCCCAUCCACCACAGGGGGCAAGUUGUUUAGUGAGUCCAAGACAAUCUGCAGGCAAUCCCUUAAACUUAACAACAACAACUCUUCCAGCAUUGAAUCCAAUGUUGUCCAGAUCAGAUCAGUCUCUAAACUCCCUAAGCAGCUGGGAUCCACAAAGCAUUCAUUCAAACUCAAAUAGUGCAGUGUCUUCCACUUCUGAGCAAGAUACAUUGAACAAAAUUAAGAACAGAAACCGUAUCUCUAACUCUGCAGACCUGAUGGAGUUUGGUGAUGACAUUACUUUACCUAAGCACAAUGAAUUUUCAUGGGAAAGUUUUGACCCAUUGUAUUCUCUGACUGGUAAUAUGAUUAGUGCUGAACAAGGACCACCUGUUACAUUGCCCAGAGAUGCCCCUAAAGAAGCUUCAGAUAGUGAUAACAAGGACGAGAAACCAAAACAGUCAAAGUCACAUACCUAUGAGAAUGUAGUUUUAGACGACUUGGCAUGGGGUGGUGCUUCAGAGACAUAUCGCGCCCUGACAGACUCUGUGAAUUUUGAGGGUCUAAGCUGUGGAGAAUAUGUGCCAGACUUUGACCUGCAAGACCCCUUUUCUAUAACUGAACUAAGCCGUGUUCAGGAAUCCAAGAAAAAGAAGGAUGAAAAGAGGAAAGAUGAUGAGCCUGAUUCAACAUUCAUUAGGAAGGAGGUAGUUUCAGUAACUAUGAAAGAAGUGGCAAGUGAGAAACCCCCAAGACCACCAAAACCACAAUAUUUGAAGUAUUCUCAGAACCAGGUCUCUAUUUCUGAGAAGAGCAGCUUUAAUGCUGAGGAUGAGACACAGGCAUUUUAUAACAUGGUGAAAAGACUUAAGGCAGAAUACCUGUCAGAUGACAUUGUGAGCAACCCUGGUAUUGUGAUCAGUGCCAUGGAUGAAAGCUUGCCUCUGCCAGAUAACAUGUCAGUCAAAGUUGUUGUGGAAACCAAAUUAUCAAAAGAACCUGUUGUAUUCACAUGUAAUGUGAAAACUAGUGUUGAACACGUGAUUGGUCAUGUUCUGUGCAGUGUAUGUGAAGAAGGUCGAGGCUACAGUGUGUCAGCAGAAGACUAUCUGGUCAAAGUUCAUGACCUGUCAGAAUACUUUGUUAAUGACUCUGUGUUUGGAGACUAUGAAUAUGUGCAGAGGUGCAUUAAGUUGGAUGAAGAUAUUAGAUUGAUCAUGGUUAAGUUGGAAGACCUGACAAAACAACUUGCUAGAGUGCCUCUUGAUGAUAGAAAACCUUUGGUUGUCCACAGACCUGAAACUCACACGAGAAAUGCUGUGUCACAAGACCAUCUUAAGAUCCUCUUAGAAACAUUUGACAAAGAAGUUGAGAAAAUUCGUGCAAUUGCAACAGAAAAGACCUUGUCCAAACUACAGCCUAAGAACCUGAUCCAAGCAGUGCAUGCAGUCUGUGCCAUUCUUUUUAAACUGGAGACUAACAGCAUCACAAAAGCCAUCGCUAGAAUGACAGCUGUUGCAGAAUCAUGGCAUGAAGCCCUAAGUUUGCCAGAAAAAGAGGUUCAGAUGGAUGAGCUUGCCAGUGCCUUAGAUGAGCUGACAGUAGCUGUGCAUCAAGUGGUCAAGCUGUACUGUAAGAUGUACUAUCUUGAACUACCACCUGGUGUGGAGAAGAGGCAAUGUACAGAUUCCGUCACUAUGGAUGUGACUGGUAUUCUGGAGAACAUGAUAGUUCAUAUAGCCUCUGUACACAGGAUACCAGAGCAAUGGAAAAACAGCUACGACCAUUAUUCAGUGAUAGCCUCAUUAUACUAUGCUGGCAGGAAACUGUGCCAGGACGUGAUGACUCCUGCCAGGUCCUGCACCAGUGAUAAGUUUCAUACAAAAGUGGUCUGGGAUGACUGGCUGCAGUUUUCUAUGGUACCAAUGUGUACCCUACCGCGUGAGACCAGGCUGAUCCUGCAUCUGUGUGCAUGUAAGAAUGUCAGCAAUGACAGCUCAACCCAGGUCAAGACUUCCCUUGGCUGGGUGGCAGUGCAGUUGUUUGAUUUCAAAAGGAAUCUGGUCCAGGGCAGCCAGCUUCUCCCUCUCUGGCCUGGAGACCCCAAACCUUUGGGAACAAACUUGCAAAAUACAAUACAGAUGGACAGUUUGCUUUUGCAGGUAACCCUUCCUGAUCUGGGGGUGGAAGUGGAGUUUCCAAAUGUUAUUCACAAAGAUUUGAGUGAAAGGAGAGACUUUGAUUCCUUACAUCCAGACACUCAGGAAGAACUGAUGGAUAUUGUUGAGAAGGACUCUCUGUCCAGAUUAACAGAUGAUGAGAAAGAAGUUAUAUGGGAGAAAAGGCACUACCUGUAUCAGCUACCCAAUGCAUUGCCAAAGGUGCUGAUGGCUGCUCACUCCUGGGACUGGGCCUGUCUUGCCGAUACCUACUCCAUGAUUUACCAGUGGGCACCACUGGGCUCAGUGGAAGCCAUGCAGCUGUUGUUGCCACAGUUUGUAGAUGAAAAAGUGCGCGAUGUAGCUGUGAAAUGGAUGCGAGAAAUAUCCAGUGAUGAACUCUGUAAUUUCCUACCACAGCUGGUACAGGCCUUGAAAUUUGAAAACUAUUCCAACACUUCUUUGGUCCAUUUCCUCUUGGACAGGGCAGUUACUAGUAUAAGAGUGGCACACAACUUGUUCUGGUUGCUGAAAGAGGCUGCUUCAGACUUAUUUUACCGCAGCCGAUAUCAACUGGUAUUUGGAGCCCUUAUGAGUGUGGCUGGGGAGGCUCUUUGCACAGAAUUCCAGAAGCAGGAAGAAUUGGCCAGAAAACUGGGAGAGAUUGCUGAUAAAGUUAAAAUUGCCAAAGACAAAGAUGCCACUCUAGGUCAUGAGUUAGAACCUCUGUACCAGAUCCUACAUGAUACUACAACCAUGUUACCACUAAAUCCCAGCAUGGAAGUAGUAGGUCUAGAUAUCAGGACAUGCUCAUAUUUUACUUCAAAUGCAUUUCCACUGAAGUUGGUAUUCAAAAAUGUAGAGCCCACUGCAGCCUCAAUUGACAUUAUGUUCAAGUCAGGUGAUGACAUCCGCCAGGACAUGCUGACUAUGCAACUGGUGAGGAUAAUGGACAAAUUGUGGAUGAGGGAGGGUCUGGACCUGAAGAUUAUUACCUUUAUGUGUGUGCCCACUGCCAGCAAGAAAGGUAUGGUGGAGUUGGUGACUGAGUGCGAGACAUUGAGGAAAAUCCAGGUAUCUGCCGGGGUGACGGGGUCUUUCAAGGACAGGCCCAUUGCUGAUUGGUUGAAAAAACACAACCCAACCGAGCUGGAGUUCAGAAAAGCUGUGUCUAAUUUCACUUUGUCGUGUGCUGGCUACUGUGUCGCCACCUAUAUACUUGGUAUCUGUGAUCGUCAUAAUGACAACAUCAUGUUGAAGCAGUCAGGACACAUGUUCCAUAUUGAUUUUGGAAAGUUCAUGGGAGAUUCCCAGAUGUUUGGAACCAUCAAGAGGGACCGAGUGCCAUUUGUCUUGACCUCUGACAUGGCCUAUGUCAUCAAUGGAGGUGAUAAACCUUCCCAGAAAUUCCAGGAAUUCAUUGAUCUCUGCUGUCAGGCUUUUAACAUUCUCAGAAGACAUGGCAACCAUUUAGUUACUCUGAUCAGAAUGAUGGAGUACAGUGGUAUCCCAGGUGUCACUGUGUCAGCAGCCAAGUAUGUCCAGAAAGCACUGCUUCCAGAGUGCUCGGAUGCUGAGGCUACAGCAAUGUUCACCAGGAUGAUUGAGGAAAGUUUAAGGUCCGUGUUUACACAAAUCAACUUCUUUGUUCACAAUCUUGCUCAGCUGAAGUUUAGAGGACACACAGAAGGGGAACUGCUGUCUUUCAGUCCUAAAACAUACAGUGUGGCAACAGAUGGCAAAAUUGGCAGUGUGGAAAUAUUUGGUUACCAGAAGAGAUACAGCCCAGAAAAGUUUUAUAUAUACAUUAUCAAAGUUGGACGUCAAAAUCAAAAAGUGCCAAACUUUGUAUUCCGUAAAUACACAGAAUUUCAGGAAUUCCACAACAAACUUGUCACCAUGUUUCCACUGGCCAAACUUCCCUCUCUGCAAGGAAGAGUGCUGAUGGGGAGAACACAUGUGAAAAGUGUAGCAAAGAGAAGAAAAAUAGAAUUGGAACACUUCCUGAGAGAAUUACUGCAAAUGGCUACAGAAAUAUCAGAGUGUGACCUUGUCUACACAUUUUUUCACCCCAUGUUGAGAGAUGAACAGGAUAUUGACAGCACAAAUCUUCAGAAACUCAAAGAGGCCAAGCCUACAGUGGCUCCUGUAAGACUAAUCCAUGGCCAAAUCAAGAUGUCUCUGCAGUACAAAAAUGGCGUCCUCUCCCUCAUGAUCAUGCAUGUCAAGGAUCUGGCCAAAGAAAGUGGUGAACUACCUGACCCAUAUGUUAAGACAUAUCUUCUACCGGACCCCAACAAGAUCACUAAGAGAAAGACUAAGAUUGCACAUGGAACUUUUCAUCCUACUUAUAAUGAAAUGCUCCUGUACAGAAUACCAGAGGAAGAAGUGAAGCAGAGGGUGCUACAGGUUACAAUAUGGAACUAUGAUGUCAUGAAGGAGAAUGAGUUCCUUGGGUCUGUCUUAAUCAACCUGAACACUUUGGACCUGUCCAAAGAAAAUGUGAACUGGUAUCAGCUAGAAAAACUUUUACACUGGAAAUAGAGAAAAACACUCUUAUCAUUUGGUUUUAAUUUGAGUUUUACUGGGUAGAUGGACAGAAGACAAAACAUAUACUGGUAUAUAUAAUGAGUGGAGGUGGUGAUAUGAUCAUCUUGAACUUCCGUGCUUAGAAGCUGAUUUCCAGUCCUUUUGUAUGUCAUUCCAAACCAUGAAGGAGAAAGUCAGAGAAGAAUUUCAUCAGCUGUGUUAAGUUAUAAGAAUGAUGUGAAUUUUUCUUCAGUCAACAGCUAAUAUUGA